UGCAACAUGACCAAGUUUCUGGCUGCUCAGAUCCUCUGGAGCUGAGAGGGGAGCUGUCAGAGGAACAGCAGCAGGAGCAGAUCUUCCAGGCAACCACUGACCCAAAAUGAGCACCUCUCCCUCCGUCAUGCCGGCAGCCGUUUUGGAAGGACUCUCCGUCCAGCUUGGGUGCCAGCCCACCGAUGAGAAGCUCGCACUCUACUUGGAUCAAGAAGACGAGCUUAGAGACCUGCGAGCGUGUUUCCACAUUCCCCAAAUGAAGGACCUCCCCCCAAUUGACCCGUCUCUGUCGACCGCGGAGGACAAAGCCAUCUACCUGUUGGGAAAUUCUCUCGGACUUCAACCCAAGAAAGUGAAGGCUUACCUGGAGGAGGAACUGGACAAGUGGGCCAGGAUGGGAGCUUUUGGGCAUGAAUUCGGACGGCGUCCUUGGAUUACAGGGGACGAGUGCAUUGUGGGGCUCAUGGAAAGCAUCGUGGGAGCAGGUGAGAAAGAGAUCGCAUUAAUGAAUGGCCUCACAGUCAAUCUGCAUCUCCUGCUGUUAUCCUUCUUUAAGCCCACGCCGACUCGCUACAAAAUUCUUCUAGAAGCCAAAGCCUUCCCUUCGGACCAUUACGCCAUAGAGUCCCAGCUCCAGCUCCACGGACUUGACGUGCAGAAAAGCAUGCUGAUGAUCAAGCCGAGAGAGGGGGAGGAGACCCUGCGGACCGAAGACAUCCUUGCCCUAAUUGAGAAGGAAGGGGACUCGAUCGCAGUGAUCUUAUUUAGUGGCGUACAGUUCUACACUGGACAGCUGUUUGACAUGCCCCGGAUAACCAAAGCCGGGCAGGCCAAGGGUUGCUUCGUCGGCUUCGACUUAGCCCACGCUGUGGGGAAUGUAGAACUACGUUUGCAUGACUGGGGGGUGGAUUUUGCCUGCUGGUGCUCUUAUAAGUAUUUAAAUUCUGGAGCCGGGGGUCUCGCUGGCGCCUUCAUUCAUGAAAAGCAUGCCCACACAGUAAAGCCCACGUUAGUCGGAUGGUUCGGUCACGAUCUGGAAACGCGAUUUAAAAUGGAAAACGAAUUGCAGUUGACUCCAGGAGUCAAUGGAUUUCGGAUAUCUAAUCCUCCGAUGUUGCUGGUCAGUGCCUUGCAUGCUAGUUUGGAGGUAUUUAAUCAAACGACGAUGAGCGCGUUAAGGAAGAAAUCCAUUCUUCUCACUGGCUAUCUGGAGUACCUAAUCAAGCAUUACUAUGGCAAAGAUAAGGCCGACCCAGAGAGACCUUUUGUGAACAUAAUUACACCAUCGGACCCGGAGGAGAGGGGCUGCCAGCUAACACUGGUGUUUUCCAUUCCGAUGAAAUCCGUCUUCAAAGAGCUGGAAAAAAGGGGUGUGGUGUGUGAUACACGAGAACCGAGCGGGAUCCGCCUGUCCCCCGUUCCUCUUUACAAUUCCUUCCACGAUGUCUUCAAGUUCGUUCAAAUCCUGAGAUCUGUGAUGGUAUAGGUACCAAAACCAGUCCAACCCAUGAGAUUGGUUGCAUCCUUCAUUGGCUCUCACCCCUUGGGCUUCGGGAAGAGAACAGCGGGUGGGGAGGGGGCACAGGCUAACCCUCUUGCCCACGGCUUGGCUGCAUUCUGGGGAAUUCUGAGAGUUGAUGAUGGGGGAAUGAGGUACGCAAAGCACCCGGUUUUGGAACAUAUCUCUGGCUUCCAUGGAAGGUUUAUGGAAUCUGAAACGUUGGGUUUUCUUUGGUGGAAAAAUAAAAAUCAGUUGCCGCUA